GUCCUUGUUUCGUUCAAACAAGAUGGCCGCCUUAGACGAGUUCGGCAUGAUCAAGACGAUCGAAGAUGAAGAUGAAAUACCAGUUGAGAAUGACAGCUCAGAUUCUGACGAUGAACCGGUCUCUAAAAAGAAACGGAAGCAGAACAGGAAAAAGACACUCUUCAAUUCAAGCUUUUCGUUCGAUGAAAAGUCAGCUCUGUCUACUGCACCCACUUUUAAGCUGAAAGCCAAGGGACAGUCCAGUGUCUCAGCGUUGGAUGACAAAAUUGCAAAAGUUCGCAAGGCCAAACAGCGGGACAAUGCAUCGAAACCAGAACUGAACGAUGAGGACAUGAGUGUUGAAGAAGAUGAUUCUUCGGAUGAAGAUGCUGAAGCCAAGAGAGACCUUAUCAAGACAAAAGGAGAUGGGAAGAAGAAAAAGAAGAAAGGACAGGAAGGUGAAGAGCAGGCAAAAAUUGAGUUCUCAGAAAGCGUGGACACGUUUGAUGAUAAAGUUGUGUUUCAAGACAUGAACCUGUCGAGACCUUUGAUCAAGGGAUUAUCCUCCAUGGGUUUCGUCAAGCCAACCCCCAUUCAGGCAGCGUGUAUCCCAGUGGCUUUGCUGGGACGUGACAUAUGUGCGUGUGCUGUCACUGGGUCAGGUAAAACCGUUGCUUUCAUGCUACCAAUUUUGGAGCGCCUGCUGUAUCGUCCAAGGGCAACGGCCUCGACACGUGUCUUGAUCCUGGUCCCGACCAGAGAGCUGGCCGUACAGGUGCACACCGUGGCUCGACAGCUGGCUCAGCACUCCAACAUUGACAUCUGCCUGGCUGCAGGUGGUUUGGACAUAAAGUCACAGGAGGCCAUGUUGCGAUUGGGUCCAGACAUCGUUAUAGCCACCCCGGGUCGUCUGAUCGACCAUUUACACAACAGCUUCAGUUUUACUCUGAACAACAUUGAGAUUCUGGUGCUGGAUGAGGCAGACAGAAUGUUGGAUGAGUACUUUGCUGAGCAGAUGAAUGAGAUCAUUCGACUCUGUGCCAGGCAAAGACAGACAAUGCUGUUUUCCGCAACCAUGACUGAAACAGUCCAGGAGCUGGUGGCAGUGUCGCUAAAAGAUCCAGUGAAGGUCUUUGUCAACCAGAGCACAGAGGUCGCCCUGGGCCUCAGACAGGAGUUUGUUCGUAUCCGGCCGAACCGAGAGGGAGACAGAGAAGCAAUAGUAGCUGCACUGGUGUCGAGAAACUUCUGUGACAAGUGCAUUGUGUUCAUUCAGACCAAAGUGCAGGCCCACAGGAUGCAUAUUUUGCUGGGUCUGUUGGGCAUCAACGUUGGGGAACUGCACGGGAAUCUCUCACAGGCUCAGCGUCUUGACACACUGAAGAAGUUCAAAGAAGGUCUUGUUGAUGUGAUGUUGGCCACAGACUUAGCUUCUCGGGGUCUAGAUAUUGAAGGAGUGAAAACUGUCAUCAAUUUCACCAUGCCAAGCACUAUAAAGCAUUACAUUCAUAGAGUUGGUCGAACUGCUCGAGCUGGUAAAAGUGGAAGGUCAGUGACUUUAGUGGGAGAAAAGGAGAGGAAAGUGCUCAAAGAGGUGGUCAAACAAGCCAAGACUCCGCUCAAGACAAGGAUUGUGCCUCAGGAGAUUGUCAGCAAGUUCUGUGACAAGAUUGCUGACAUUGAGGAGGACAUCAAGAGCAUUCAGCAACAGGAGAGAGAGGAAAGUCACUUACGCUCCGUGGAGAACCAGAUGAACAAGGCUCAGAAUCUGUUGGAGACCAAACAAGCUGGAGACGAGGCCCAGAUCAAGAGAGGCUGGUUCCAAACACACAAGGAGAGAAAGGAGGAGAAGGAGUCUCUGAGAUUAUCUGACAAGUCUAUGACCAAGCAAGAGCUGAAGAAAACACGCAAGAAACUGACGGCAGAGGACAGGGUCAAGUUUGAGAUGAGCAAGGCACAGCUGUUGGGUAUUCGAGCUGCCAAGAAGACCCUCAGAGCCAAGCCUUUGUCAGCAUUCUCGGAUGCCACGUCUGAUGGUGCUAAGAAAGGAGGCAAGAAGAAGAAAAAGGCAAACAAGAAACGUCCAGUGUCUGGAUUUGAGGACGAACUGGCUGACAUUGGAGCUUCUUCUGUCAAAAAGUUCAGAGCUGGACCUUCGUUCAAGGAAAGAAAAGAAGCAACAGGCUCUUCUAAAAAAGCCGUGCAGCAAAUUGGUCGUAAGAAGAACAACAAGAAAAGGUGAUGGUAGCAGUCAGAGGAAAGAGACUUUUGUGUUGUUAUAUGAUAUGUGAAAUAUGAAAGAAUUAAAGAAAUGAAGCCAUAUAUAUAUC